CUCACGAGUGUGCGGCCGUGCGCGCGCUGUUGUGGCACGUGAGGGCGGCGCACGUGGGCCCGUUAUGUAAAACACGGGGGGCGACAGGGCGGGGAGGCGCCUGAAUGCUGCGCAGGCGCGCCGGCCGCCCACUGCCGCGCAUGCGGGGCAGCUCCGUGCGCAAGCGCGCGGGAUGAGGGGCGGGGCCGAGUGGCGCUGGUUGCCCUCCUCCCGCGCCCCUCCCCCGGUCAGACGGCGGAGGUCUCGAGCGACAAUGAAGCAGGAGCCGCAACAGCAGCAGCCGCCCGCCCAGCAGCCGCCCCCCGCCGGCGCCGGGGUGCCGGCCUUCCUCAGCAAGCUGUGGGCGCUGGUGGGCGAGGCGCCCAGCAAUCAGCUUAUCACCUGGAGCCAGAAUGGCCAGAGUUUCUUGGUGUUGGAUGAACAGAGAUUUGCAAAAGAGAUCCUGCCUAAGUACUUCAAGCACAACAACAUGGCAAGCUUUGUCAGACAGCUAAACAUGUAUGGCUUCCGUAAAGUUGUCCAUGUUGAUUCUGGCAUUGUCAAACUGGAGCGAGAUGGUCUAGUUGAGUUUCAACACCCAUAUUUUAAGCAGGGUCGAGAGGACUUGCUGGAACACAUUAAAAGGAAGGUUUCUUCUUCGAGACCUGAAGAAAGCAAGAUAAGCCAGGAGGAUCUCUCCAAAAUAAUAAGUAGUGCUCAGAAAGUGGAGAUUAAACAAGAGACUAUUGAAUCUCGACUGUCUGCCCUGAAAAGAGAGAAUGAAUCUCUUUGGAGGGAAGUGGCAGAACUGAGAGCAAAACACCUGAAACAACAGCAAGUUAUUCGGAAGAUUGUACAAUUUAUUGUUACCCUGGUGCAGAAUAAUCAACUAGUGAGCCUAAAACGCAAGAGGCCUCUACUUCUGAACACUAAUGGACCUACAAAGUCAAAUGUAUUUCAGCAAAUUGUGAAAGAACCAGCAGAAAAUAAUCAUCAUGUUCCUCUCAACAGAACUGAGGGCUUAAAACAAAGAGAACAAAUUUCAGAUGACAUAAUUAUUUAUGAUGUUACUGAGGAUGUGGCUGAUGAGGAAAAUACCAUGGUUGAUGAAGAAAAUGCUCCCAUUACACCAGAGACAAAUGAAGAUACCACUUCAGAUUCUUCUAACUGCAGUCGUUCUCCUGAUAUUGUAAUUGUGGAAGAUGAUAACGAGGAAGAAUAUGCCCCUGUAAUUCAAGGGGAUAAAAGCACAGAAUCGGUUUCUGUCUCAGCUAAUGAUCCCCUCAGCCCUGUCAGUGACAGCACAAGUCCGCUCAUGUCGAGUGCUGUACAGCUGAAUAACCAGUCAACUUUAACUGCGGAAGACCCAGUCUCAAUGAUGGAUUCCAUACUCAAUGAAAAUGGAGUAAUUUCACAGAAUAUAAAUCUCCUUGGAAAAGUUGAACUUCUGGAUUAUCUUGACAGUAUCGACUGCAGUUUAGAGGACUUCCAGGCCAUGUUAUCAGGACGACAGUUCAGCAUAGAUCCAGAUCUGCUGUUUGAUCUUUUUACAAGCUCCGUGCAGAUGAAUCCCACAGAUCAUAUCCCUAAUACCAAAAUGGAGACAAAGGGAAUAGAAACUACCAAGAAUAAUGCUGGUCCAGCUGCUUCACAGGAAACACAAGUUUCUAAGCCUAAAUCAGAUAAACAACUCAUACAGUAUACUGCAUUUCCACUGCUUGCAUUCCUUGAUGGGAACCCAGGCUCCACUGUUGAGAGCGGGAGCUCCGCAACUGAAACUCCUUCCUCUGUGGACAAACCCCUAGAGGUGGAUGAGCUCCUGGAGAGCAGCCUGGAUCCCGAACCCACUCAGAGCAAGCUGGUGCGCUUGGAGCCGCUAACGGAGGCAGAAGCAAGUGAGGCCACGCUGUUCUAUUUAUGUGAACUUGCCCCAGCACCCAUGGACACAGACAUGCCAUUCUUGGAUAACUAAUGUAAUGGGGACUAUGUACAUUGUCAUGAAGAGGAACUAUUUAUUUAGAAUAUUGUUUGGUAUGAGUUUUUUUGUAAAUCACUGUUUUAUGUAACCAGAUAGUGUGGAAUCUGAAAUACCUUUGCUAUCCUACAAGCAAUUGUUUAGCUACAGUUAGACAAGCUGUUAGACACAGUUGGCAAUACCAAGUUGGACUGUUACAGUACUGCUGUCAAAUGCUUGGUAUACCUACGCAUAUCUCUAAAUACCUGAGGUAACCAAACACUUGUUAAGAGUAAGCUUCAAUUUAUGGUUUCUUCCACUUCUGGUCUUACAUAUAAUGAUGAUGACAACUAGUAGUGUAUGGUUAGGGAGCACUGACUUUCUGUAUCUUUUUUUUUCUAUUUUCUACAAUAUUUUGUUUAAUAAACAUAAGGCUUUUUUGGGGUGGGGGGGACCAGGACCUGAUGUUAGGCUUUUUUUUUCCCUGCUUGAACUGGGAACAAAGUGCCUGUACCUUGCUAAAUCUUGGUUCUGCCUUACUUUCACUUCAGUGAAAGUGCUUAUACAUAGCACAAACUGGGGAAGAAGUUCUUUACAGCCGCCAGGCCCCUUGACUGCAUGAGUACUUAACUUGGACCAUCUACUCUGAUAAAAUAAAUGUUAUGUAAGUAAGUGUGGUAGCUUAA